UUUCCCAAAAACCCUGAGGACAUACUGUAAGAAAGCCAGAAAACACUCUGUCUUCAAAGUAUCGAUUUACAAGAAAGGAAAAGAUGGUAUCAGACAUCAAGGAAAGAGAAGAUACGAUAGGAAACAGAAAGGAUUUGGAGGUCAGACCAAGCCAAUUUUCAGAAAGAAGGCCAAACAGACCAAGAAGGUCACUCUCAAGCUCGAAUGUAUUAAGACCAAGGCAAAGAGAAUGAUGACCUUGAAAAGAUGCAAGACCUUCGUCGUCGGACAAUCUAAGGAGGCCAAUCCUUACGACUAAUUUGGCAGACAUCCCAUGUCUUAAAUAAAUGCUAAG